AUGUUACAUAUUGAACAAAAUAAUUUAUUAAUUGAGAAAACUUUAACGGAAAGAUUAUUUCCUAAUACAAAUGAUGGUUCAAUAAAAUCUUUAGAUAGAAUUGUUUCUGAUUUUGAUUUUACUACUUUCCAUUUACUGACAUUACCUGGAGAAAAACAUUUAUUAUUAAUAUCUAUAUCAUUAAGAUGUUGGCCUGAUUUAAUUAAACAUGAUGUUGUUAAAUAUCUUAAUGAUAAAUAUCAACCAUUCAAUGAAGUAUUAACAAUAUUAUCUACUAAUGAUAUUGAACAAGGUUAUGAUUAUUCAUUAGUUUUAGAUACUACAACAGCAACCGCUCAAAAUGACGAAUUUAAAUUAGAAUUGAUUAAAGAAUUAUCAAAUUUGAAAAGAAAUUCUAUGGCAGCUCCAUUUGAACAAGCAUUUAAUAGAUAUGAUGAAUUACUGAAAAAAUAUGCUAAUGCUAAUACUUAUUCUGAAGAAAUUCAACAAGAAUUAUUUAAUGAAUCAGUUUCAAUAAUUAAAUAUCGAGGAAUUGAUGAAUGUAUUUAUUUAAAACCAUCAUUUGAUCGAGUAACUGUGAUUUUUUCAACGGUUUUCCAAGAUGAAACUGAUAAAAUUUUUGGUAAAGUUUUUUUACAAGAAUUUGUUGAUGCUAGGAAAAGAUCAGUUCAAACUGCUCCUCAAGUAUUAUAUUCUCAUAUUGAACCACCAUUAGAUAUUCAAAAUGUUGUCAAUAGUGGUAAUGGUAAUGGUAAUAAUAAAAAAGAUAAUUAUGGAUAUGUAACCUUUGUGUUAUUCCCUCGUCAUCUUGUUUUAAAUAAACGGGAAAAUUGUAUUUCUCAUAUUGAAUUAUUUAGAAGUUAUUUCCAUUAUCAUAUUAAAUGUUCAAAAGCUUAUAUGCAUUCAAGAAUGAGAUUUAGAGUUAAAGAAUAUUUGAAAAUAUUAAAUCGUGCUAAACCAGAAAAUCUUGAUGAUGAAGGUAAUAUUAUUGAAAAUAGAAAAACUGCCAGUGGUAGAAGAUUUGAUAUCAGAGCCUAA